AUGGAGGAUGUGAUUAAGAACUUCCAGGAAAGUCCACGUGAAUGUCUGUGUGAAGUAGCUGUCAAAAAUAGUAACACAGUAGAAGAAAGUAUGAGAACUUUUGAUUUGAGUGAUGAGCAGCAAUGUAAGUCUACUCUCCUUGCCCAAGAAAUACUUCAGGGCCAGAGGAAAACACCUGAAUGCACUGGAUGUGGUAAAACCUUCUAUUUAAGACAUACAGUCACUACACAUCAGAAAAUGUGCACAAGAGAGAAUCCUUGUACAUAUAAUGUAUGUAAAAAACCUUUCAGUAGGGAAAUUGUCCUUGCAAAACCCCAUAGCAAAUAUGCAGAGAAGUCCAAUGAUUAUAUCCAGUGUGAAAAAUCUAUGUCUCUGAAGUCAGAUCUGACUUUCCCACCUCAAACACCCACAGAAGAGAAACCCUAUCAAUAUGAAGGACGUAGGACAAAUUCUACCCAGAAGUCAGCUCUCAAUCAGUAUCAGAGAAGUCACACAGAAGAGAGAACUUAUGAAUGCGACAAAUGUGGAAUGUUUUUCAGACUGAAGUCAUACCUCACUUCACAUCAGAGAAGACACACAGGAGAGAAACCUUAUGAAUGUAACAGGUGUGGAAUGUCUUUCACCUGGACGUCACAACUUACUAUCCAUCGGAAGACACACACAGGAGAGAAACCUUAUGAAUGUAACAGGUGUGGAAAGCAUUUCACCCGGAAGACACAACUUACUGCCCAUCAGAGAACACACACAGGAGAGAAACCUUAUGAAUGUAACAGGUGUGGAAAGCAUUUCACCCGGAAGACACACCUUAAUGAUCAUCAGAGAACACACACAGGAGAGAAACCUUAUGAAUGUAAUGUGUGUGGAAAGUCUUUCACCCGGAAGACACACCUUACUGAUCAUCAGAGAACACACACAGGAGAAAAACCUUAUGAAUGUAACAUGUGUGGAAAGUCUUUCAUCAAGAAGGCAAACCUUACUGUCCAUCAGAGAACACACACAGGAGAGAAGCCUUAUGAAUGUGUCAAGUGUGGAAAGUGUUUCAUGAGGAGGGCAGAUCUUAAUGUCCAUCAGCAAAAACACACUGGGGAAAAACUUUAUGAAUGUAACAGGUGUGGAAAGUCUUUCACCCGGAAGACAGAGCUUAACAUCCAUCAGAGAAUACACACAGGAGAGAAACCUUAUGAAUGUAACAGGUGUGGAAAGUCUUUCACCAAGAAGACACACCUUAUUCUCCCUCAGAGAACACAAACAGGAGAGAAACCUUAUGAAUGUAACAUGUGUGAAAAGAUUUUCACCUGUAAGGCAUAUCUUACUGUCCACCAGAGAAUCCACACAGGAGAUAAGCCAUAUGAAUGUAACGUGUGUGGAAAGUCUUUCACUCAGAAUUCACACCUUACUGUCCACCAGAGAAGACACAUAGGAGAUAAACCUUUUGAAUGUAACAUGUGUGAAAUGUCUUUCACCACGAAGUCAAACCUUACUAUCCACCAGAGAAGACACACAGGAGAUAAACCUUUCAAAUGUAACAUGUGUGAAAUGUCUUUCACCACGAAGUCAAACCUUACUAUCCACCAGAGGACACACACAGGAGAGAAACCUUAUCAAUGUAACACGUGUGGAAAGUCUUUUACCCAGAAGGAAUUACUUCCCAAAAAUGUUCAUCACAGCUGGAUUGAAAGAGUAUUUGGGAAAUGUGGCAACGUUGUUUACAUAAGUAUACCACAUUAUAAGUCUACUGGAGAUCCAAAAGGAUUUGCGUUUGUGGAGUUUGAAACAAAGGAGCAGGCAGCAAAAGCUAUUGAGGUGGGUCCAAAGUGCAGUUCUCUUUUCAAAGAAACAGCAAUGAUGUAUGUUGAUAAUCACAUAGACCUGCUAAAGACCCAGUUAAAAUGA